AAAGCUACAGCGGUGAAACUGGAAGAUGUAGACGAGAUCUCUGGUUUCGUUCAAGAUGCGCGUCAGCAUUCUUAUUGCAGCCCUUGUGGCAACUGUUGCCGCUAUUCCUACACCAUUGAAGCACCAUGCUGCUGAUCAAGAGCUUCUUAAGAAGCAACAAGACAUCAUCUACUUGUUCGACCAAAUAACUCAACCAAUUCCCAACCAACAAUUGUACAACCUCGGUUUCAACUACAACAUUGAGCAGAACUUGGUUGAUUACGUUGAACCACAAAUUGUCAAGUAUUACGUUGGUUUGGUCCACCACGGCCAUGUUCAACCAAAAGGAACUCCAUUCUCCUGUUCCGUGAGCCAACUCCGUAAAGAAGCUGCUCUUCUUACUAGAGUACUUCUUGGUGCUAAAAACUACAACGUCUUCUUGAAGACUGCUGCUUGGGCCCGCAUUCAUGUGAAUGAACACCAAUUCAUCAAGGCUGUCAUCGCUGCUCUCCUCCAACACCCAGACACCCAGGGAGUCAUUCCUCCAGCUCUCUAUGAGAUCCUUCCUCAACACUACUUCGAUGCCCGAGUUAUCCACGAAGCCCAGAAUGUUAAAAUUCUUGGAGUUGACAACCCAUUGACUGAACAAACUGUUGUCAUUCCCGUCAACUACACUGACUACCUCCCAGGUGGUGAACAACAACUUUCUUACUUCACUCAGGAUAUUGGUCUUGCCCUCUACUAUGCUUAUGUCUCCCUUGCUGGAUACAUGGUCCCAGACAACUUCAGUGGAUACAACUCUCACGUUGAAGGUAGCCAACAUUCCCACAUUGGACGUGGACAAAUCUACUAUUACCUUCACCAACAACUCUUGGCUCACUACAACCUCCAACGUCUUUCUCACGGUCUUGGACCCAUUGACGAAAUUGACUUUGAACACAUUCAAACUCCCUACCACCCACAUCUCUACCACACCAACGGACUUCAAUUCGCUGGUCGUUCUCACGACAUUCAUCUUUCUCCUUACUACCAUGAUCUCGUUAAGAACGUCCACGUUCUCGAGAAGAGACUUAGUGAUGCUAUUGACGCUGGAUACGUCAUCACCCCUCAACAAGCUUUCUUGUCUCUUUACCAACCCCACGGUCUUAACAUCUUGGGAGAACUCAUUGAAGGAACUGGCAAGAGCGUAAACCCACGUUACUACGGAAGCUUCCAAGCUGCUGCCCGUCAACUUCUUGGAAACGCCCCGGAAUUCAGCAACAUCUGGGAAUACACUCCAGCUCCUCUUGAUAUCCACGAAACCGCUGUUCGUGACCCAGCUUUCUACCAACUCUACAAACGUGUUAUCAAGCUCUUCCACCAAUACCAAGAAUCUCUCCCAGCUUACCAAUAUGACGACCUCGUUGUUCCCGGUGUUACCAUUGAGAAGGUCAUCUUCCCCAACCUUGUCACUUACUUCGACUCUCACGUUGUAAGCCUUGGCAACGGAAUCGUUCAACCCGUCAACAAAGUUGAACAAGAAAACCUCAAAGUCAAAGCUGAAGUCCACAGACUCAACCACAAACCCUACGAAUACCAGAUUGUUGUAAACAGCGAGAAACCUAUCACCAACGCUGUUGUCCGUGUCUACCUUGCUCCUAAAUACAACUACGAUGGCAAACCCAUUGACAUUAACCACCACAGACACUACUUCGUUGAACUUGACCAAUUUGUCCAUGAUCUCCACGAAGGCAAGAACGUCAUUGUUCGUGAUUCUCACCACGCUCCUCACUUGAGCCACGACUACCCAUCCGUCCACCACAUCAGCACCUACAUUGACAGCGCUGUCCGCUCUCAAGCUCCAUACUACGUCUCUGAACCUCACCAGAUCUUCGGAUUCCCCGCCAGGUUGUCCAUUCCUAAAGGUCAAUACGGUGGAUUCCCAGUCCAAGUUUUGGUUGUUGUCAGCACCCCUGAACCUACUGGUGUACAGUAUGGUCCAGUCGUCCCAGCUCAAUAUCAGACUUACCAGAAACCCUACUAUCAGGUUGUUGAUGGAGAACAAUACCAUGAAGGCCAAGGACAGGUCCAGGGACACGUUCAAGGACACAUCCAUCACUCUGUCGAUGUCCUUCCCCACUGGCACAGCUACGGAGUUUACGGAAACGAUGCUGAAAAACUGAAGUACUACUACGGUCACUACCUCUACCAGAAAUACCCACAACAAUACCCCAUCCCCCACGUUCAAUACUAUGGAGGAGAACAUUACCAAACUGGAACUCAUGGUUACGGACAUCAAGGAAUCCAUCAUCAACAAGGACACCAAGUCUAUGGCCAUCAAUACCAAGGACAUCAAUACCAAGGACAUCAAUACCAAGGACAACAAUACCAAGGACAGCAAUACCAAGGACAACAAUACCAAGUCCCUGUUAGCCACAUCCAACAAUCUGGAGUUCACGGAGUCCCAAUCGUCCAACAAGGAGUAUACCAAGGUGAAGGUGUUCAAGGAACAGGAUACCAAGGUGGAGUAACCUACCCCUACAUCGUUGGUGGAGUCCACGGAGUUCAGGGAGUUGAAGGAGUCCAUGGAGUUGAAGGAGUUCACGGAGUCCACGGUGUUCACGGAGGCCAAGGAGUUCACGGAGGUCAAGGAGUUCACGGAGUUAAAGGAGUUGAAGGAGUCCAGGAAAUCGAAGGAGUUCACGGAGUCCACAACACCUACGAUAUCAACAAACACAACGUUGAAUACCUCCAGAAAUACUACCAUGGCAAACACAUCAGUGAAGUGAUCGGAGGUGCUGUAUCCCUUGACCACAAACCUUUGGGAUACCCAUUCAACAGACCUCUUGCACCAAGUGCCUUGUAUGUUCCCAACAUGAAGAUCGCUGACGUUAUCGUCUACCACCACGACACUACCCCUGUCUACUAAGCUUUCUCUCAAUAGUAGCACGAUCAGACAAUGAUUGCUGAUCUUUUUCAAUUAUUUUUGUAACUCUUCAAUUUUAACGAAAUAAAUUGUUUCUGAAUGCAAAA